AUUGUCUUGGAACAAGUUUAUGCGCCACUACAGUGGCUUACUCGGGUAACUUACUUACCCUCUUAAUUUGUUAUCAUAAAAUCAUUUGGUACCAUGGGAAAUAGCUUAAAAAAUCAUCAACCAGAGUGUGCUCAAAUAGAUGGGGGAACAUGGGCGCACCUAUUAGAUGGACGAGGCGUUAUUCCAUAGCCCUCCUACUACUUAUUUUCCAAGAUUUUCUACGAGUUUGGCUCCCCUGGUCGUAGUUCACAACAGUAGUGGUGCCGGUUGUAUUAUAGGUUAAAAUUUAGUGUGAUUUUAGUCAGACUUUAAGUUUAACUUAGAAUUGUUAAAAUGGACAAUCGGAUUACGAUAUGUGACCCAGACGAGGAAGAAAUAGACAAUGAAAUAUUUCGAGACAUCGAACCAGUCAAGUGGAUUAACGAUGAUCCUAAUUAUGACUUGGAUGAAAUCAACAUGUUUUUCCAUAGGGUGGAUUCAGAUCAGAUCAUAUAUGAGGAAAAAAAGAAAAAAUGUAAAUUUAUCGGUAAAUAUGUUAUGGGGGAUGUACUUGGUGAAGGUAGUUAUGGUAAGGUGAAAGAAGUACUGGAUUCAGAAACUCUGUGUCGAAGAGCUGUUAAGAUUCUAAAAAAGAAAAAACACCUUAAACUCCCAAAUGGAGAAAUUCAACGGGAAAUAAAACUAUUAAGAAUAUUAAAACAUAAGAACGUCAUUAACCUUGUAGAUGUUCUUUAUAACGAUGAAAAGAGAAAGAUGUACCUAAUUAUGGAAUUUUGUGUAUGUGGAUUGCAGGACAUGUUAGAAAGUACACCUCUGAAGAAACUUCCACUUUGGCAGGCACAUGAUUAUUUUUCUCAGUUGUUGGAUGGCUUAGAGUACCUUUACAGUAAAGGAAUAGUACAUAAAGACAUUAAACCUGGAAAUUUGUUAUUAACAUUAGAUAAUACUUUAAAAAUUAGUGACUUUGGAGUUGCAGAGGCGCUAGAUAUGUUUUCUAUAGAUGAUACAUGCAAAAUGGGACAAGGUUCGCCAGCUUUUCAACCACCCGAAAUUGCAAAUGGCUGUGAAACAUUUUCAGGAUUUAAAGUAGAUAUAUGGAGCAGCGGAGUUACAUUAUAUAAUAUAACAACAGGUCAGUAUCCAUUUGAAGGAGACACCAUAUAUAAAUUAUAUGAAAACAUUGGUAAAGGUGAAUAUACAAUACCAGAAGAAGUAGAGGAACCUUUGAGAUCUCUUAUAGAAGGCAUGCUACAAAAAGACGCAAGAAAUAGAUUUACAUUGCAACAAGUUAAAAGACAUUCUUGGACUAUAUGUAGGCAUUCUAGAACGGAAGAUGAAGUGCCUUUACCUCCCUUAAGGGGAAGUAAAUGCCAUAGUAUGACUGUAUUACCGUACCUGAUGGAAUAUCACUAUGGAGUUGACGACAAUCCUACAUAUUAUACGGAACAUCAACUUAAUGAGGAAAGAAGACUUCUAGAAAUGGAUAGGACUAGUGAAGAUCAAAAGCCAACUUGUAACAGUCAUUGCAACAAUAAAUCAAAUACGCAUAGUAAAAGAAGAUGGCGCAAACCGAUUUCUUGUAUUGGCAUUAAGAAAUUUCCAUCUUGCAAACCUUCGUGAUCUGGUUACAAUACUGGCACAAUACUGUUUUAUGGUAUUAAAUAUUUUACUGAUAGUUACAAAGUUUCUCUACGGAAGAGAUGACUGAGUGUUUGACAGAGCAACACUUUUGAAUUCAUUCAAAAGCACAUAAAUGUAAACAUUUGUGAUAUUAAUAUUAAAUAGUUAUAUCGAGUGGUCCACAAUACGCUAUUGUGAUUGUGGAUUAAAUUAUUUCUAAUUUUUAAGAAGAAAGUAUAGUUUGUUUUUGUGUGUCAUAAUGAUGAAAUGAAAUAUGUGUAAUAAGAUUGCCUUUAACUAUGAUACAUAUUAGAAUUUGUUUCUAUAUUUAAUUUUGUAAAUUAAGAUCAUGUAUAACUAAGCGAAGUGAUAAUAGUCGGCUCGUAUUGUCUCUAUUAAUUGAGAUGUGCUAAUUCUGGUGUGACGGACUUUUUAGAUUCUUAUUUAUACUAUAUAUCAUUUUUUUUUUGAGAAAAAGUAAUAUAAAAUAGUUUAUAAUCAAGAAGGAGCAAGUCAGUUUUAAAUAAAACAAUUGUUGCUCCUCGAUUAUAACACAUAUAUAUAUAUAUAUAUAUUUAUAUUUACAUUAACUUGUAAAUAUAGAAUGAAGAAGGAACGAGAUAAAAAGAGACAAGAAAGAAAGGUUCAAUAUUUAUAAAUAAAAAAUAAAAUAAAAAAAAGAAGUAAAAGAAAAUCUACAAUUUUAUCUUAUAUAUAUCGUUCAUAUAAUUAUACUUAAAUUAUGACGCCAGCAUGACUAGGAUACGUAGUAUUUUUUUAAUUGAGAUGAUUUUUUUCUACUUUAUAUUAUCUUAGUUGAAUAUAUUAGUGUAAAUAUGGAGUAAAGUUAUUCGUAAUCACAAAUGCAAUCUUAAGGGAAGUUUGUAUCUGCUUGAAUCAUAUACUAUAUGUAUAUUAUAACGAUAAUAUAUUCCAUCUUCAAUGGUAGAAAGUGAUUGUUAUGCCAAGUCAAAUUUAUUAAAAAUGAAAAGUUAUAAAGCUUUCUAGCUAUGGCUACCUUUAACCUGAUACAAUAGGAUGUUAUAAAAAGCAAAAUAAAUAAUUUUUUAUAUUUAUAUAUUGGUAAGUUUACAAGAGUUUAUUAUUAUAUUAUGUAUAACUCACAUAAUUCAACUCAUGAUAAAUGCAGAUACUGUUUCCCCUUAAAGAAUUUUAUAGUUAUAAUUGAAUAAGUAUUAAACAUGAUUUAAAGUGUAUAUGAUGUAUAUAUAAAGAGUAUCUAUAAACUUGUCUCGGUCGUAUACAGUACCAAUAUUACAUGGAAUACAUUAUAUAAAUUGAAAACAUAAAUGCAUUACCUGUAACGAGGGAUGAUUGAAAACUUUUGAGCUUCGAUUAAAUAAAACUUUUAUUUAUUUAUUUAUUUUCUGUUAAUAAAAGAGAGUUUAAUUGAAAAAACAACAUUGUUUCUAUUAGUUUCAUCUAUUUUAUUAAAUAUCAUAUUCCAAAUUAGAAUAUAAUUGUAUUUAAAUGUGUAUACGUACUGGGACAUAAAUUUGGAGAUACUUUUUGUUGGUGAUGUGUGUAAAUAAUUGAUUUAUA